CCGAUAAUAAUAAUCCUUUUUUCACUUCUUCCUUUAUUAUUAGUAUUAAUUAUCAUCAUUUUUAUCGAACAAAAACUGUUCGAGGGAAGUGAUUUUCUAAGUUUUGUUUUCAUGGCAAAACGGGUUGAAUUUCGAAGAAUUUGGUGUUUCACUUUAUAACUUGACGAGUUAGGGUUUCGGUGAACGGAGUGGUUUAAGCGGUGAAUUUCUACUUCCGUUUCGUCAAGUCACCUAGGUUUUAGAAGCGCUUUUUGUCAGUUAGAAAAUUCUUGGAAGUGAAGUGGCGUUGGUUUCUUUUGGCUGGUGAGUUUGAAGAAUUGAAAGAGUUAGGGUUUUAGAGUGGUUGAUAAGGUAGGCGAGAUGUCUUUAUCUUUAAAAAUGGAGAUUGAUACAGCGGAGGAUGUUACCUGUUUGGACCCCGAGCUUUUGCAGCUUCCUGAAGUGUCUACAUUUGCACUAAAAACCAGUCCUCAACUUGUCGAGGAUUUGUUCUCUCAAUGGCUUUCGCUUCCAGAGAGCGACAAUCUGGUGAAAUCUUUGAUUGAUGAUGCAAAGACUGGGGCUGCCGUAAAUGCCUGUGCAAACUUUUCUAAUGCAAAUGCUGUUGGGAGCAAUUCAUUGCCUUCCAUGUUUUCCAGUGUCAGUGCACCUCCACUUUCUCCAAGAAGCUCAUCUGGUUCUCCUCGCUCAUCAAGGCAGAAAUCCAGCCCUUCAGCUCUUGGCUCUCCAUUGAAAUUAGUUAGUGAACCAAUGAAACAAGUAAUUCCACAGUUUUACUUCCAAAAUGGUUAUCCUCCUACAAAGGAAUUGAAAGAACAAUAUAUUUCUAAAAUUAAUCACCUUUUCGAUAAUCCUCUAAAUGGAUUGAAAAUAAAUGAGUUUAAAACAGUGACAAAGGAAGUUUGCAAUCUACCAUCUUUCCUCUCAUCCGCGCUUUUUAGAAAGAUAGAUAUUGACUGUGUGGGAUUAGUGACCAGAGAUGCUUUCAUUAAGUAUUGGGUGGAUGGAAAUAUGCUGACAAUGGAUAUAUCAAGUCAAAUAUUUGAAAUUCUUAAGCGGCCAGGCUGCAGACACCUCACACAGAUUGACUUCAAACCUGUUGUCCAAGAGCUUUUGGCAACCCAUCCAGGAUUAAAAUUCUUGCGAAACACACCUGAAUUUCAAGAUAGAUAUGCUGAAACUGUCAUAUACAGAAUCUUUUAUACCAUGAAUAGAUCGGGAAAUGGUAGUCUUACCCUCAGGGAGCUCAAACGUGGAGAAUUGAUUUCUGCCAUGCAACAUGCAGAUGAGGAAGAGGACAUAAACAAAGUCCUUAGGUACUUUUCGUAUGAACACUUUUAUGUUAUAUACUGUAAGUUCUGGGAGUUGGACAUAGACCAUGAUUUCUUCAUCAACAGGGAAAACCUCAUCAAAUAUGGCAAUCAUGCCCUUACCUACAGGAUUGUCGAUAGGAUUUUUUCAGAGACUCCUCGGAAGUUUACAAGUGAGGUAGAAGGGAAGAUGGGCUAUGAAGACUUCGUUUACUUUAUGCUUUCAGAGGAGGACAAAUCAUCCGACCCUAGUCUUGAAUAUUGGUUCAAGUGCAUAGAUUUGGAUGGAAAUGGUGUGCUCACUCCAAAUGAAAUGCAAUUUUUCUACGAGGAGCAGCUGCACCGAAUGGAAUGCUUGGCCCUAGAACCCGUGCUCUUUGAGGACAUAUUGUGUCAAAUAAUUGACAUGAUUUCACCUGAGAGAGAAGAUUGUAUCACACUACGGGACUUGAAAGGUAGCAAACUUUCAGGAAAUGUCUUUAACAUCCUUUUCAAUCUUCACAAGUUUAUGGCAUUCGAAACCCGUGAUCCAUUCCUCAUCCGGCAGGAACGGGAGGACCCAACUUCGACCGAGUGGGAUCGUUUUGCACAUAGGGAGUAUAUCAGACUUUCAAUGGAAGAAGAUGUCGAAGAUGCCUCAAAUGGAAGUGCCGAUGUAUGGGAUGAGUCCCUCGAAGCUCCGUUUUAAGUUCUCCAAAGCAAGUUUCAUAGGAACCUUCGUCAAACACUUUCAAGAUGAAUGAAGCUACAUGAACUCCUCUGAUCAGACCAGCAAUUUCAUCAGCCAAGAAUACAAAUUUGGUUCGUAUAGUUUUUACAUGUAUAUAUUCUGACCAGCAUGAUAUAUGCUUUUGCCUUGUCGUGGGCGAUGAUAACUCUCGUAUUAGGGGAAAGCCAAUUGCUUCAUUCAAUGAGGGAGAUGAUGAAUGGAUGAUCCUUUUCCUUCCCUGCCGUCUGAACUCAGGUAUAAACAUAUUUGCUAGUGUGCUAAAGGUCGUUGUUUCGUUUCAUUAAUUGAUUAAAAACCAUUUGCCGGUGUUCUCACCCCUUUGUUUUUACCUUAUGUUUUUGGUUUAUGUGGUCUGUACAAUGUAGAUGUUCUUCUGGGAUUCUGUGGGGGAUAAAAAGGGACAAAACUAUAG